CGGCCGGGGCUGACGUGUCCGGCGCGGCGCGAUGGCGGCCGCCUGGGAGGAGAUCCGGCGGCUGGCGGCCGAUUUCCAGCGGGCGCAGUUCGCCGAGGUGGCCCACAGAUUGUCAGAACGGAACUGUAUAGAAAUUGUCACUAAACUGAUUGCAGAGAAGCAGUUGGAAGUAGUGCACACACUUGAUGGCAAGGAGUAUGUCACUCCAGCACAGAUUAGUAAGGAGAUCCGGGAUGAGCUUCAUGUUUGUGGUGGUCGAGUUAACAUUGUCGACUUACAACAGGUAAUAAAUGUGGACCUUCUACACAUUGAAAACAGAGCUAAUGACAUCGUUAAAUCUGAAAAAACUAUUCAGCUUGUAUUGGGACAGCUUAUAAAUGAGAGUUACCUGGACCAAUUAGCGGAAGAAAUAAAUGAUAAACUUCAGGAAACUGGCCAGGUGACAAUAUCAGAACUUUGUAAGGCAUACGACCUUCCAGGAGACUUCCUGAUACAGGCAUUAUCCAGGCGUUUGGGCAGAAUUAUUCAUGGGCAACUAGACCAGGAAAACCGUGGGGUGAUUUUUACAGAAGCCUUUGUGUCCCGCCAUCGAGCACGCAUCCGUGGUCUCUUCACUGCGAUUACUCGGCCUACACCUGUAAGUAACUUGAUCACUCGGUAUGGAUUUCAAGAACAUUUACUUUACUCUUUACUAGAAGAACUUGUUAACACUGGUCGUCUAAAAGGCACCGUGGUUGGUGGGAGACAGGAUAAGGCUGUGUUUGUUCCAGAUAUCUAUGCCAGAACGCAGAGCAACUGGGUGGAUUCUUUUUUCAAGCAGAAUGGUUACUUAGAAUUUGAUGCAUUGUACAGACUUGGUAUCCCCGACCCAGCAAGCUACAUUAAAAAAAGAUACAAGUCAACACAGCUCUUAUUUCUGAGAGCAGCUUGUGUUGGUCAAGAAAUUGUGGAUCAAGUUGAAGCCUCUGUAGAGGAAGCCAUCAGCUCUGGAAACUGGAUAGACAUAGCAACUCUUCUGCCCAGUUCAUUGUCAGUAGAAGAUGCUGGGAUUUUGCUUCAGCAAGUGAUGAGAUCUUUAAACAAAAACUCUUCAGGUUUAGUCUUCAGUGACACCAUUGCAGUCAGUGAGAAAUUUCUAAGCAGCUGUGCUGACCUCUUUUCUGAUAUGAUGCAACAGAAAGCUGAAAAGGAAAUGAAAAACAACCCUGUUAAUUUAAUCACUGAAGAAGAUUUAAAACAGGCUUCCGGUUUAGAGAAUUCAUAUGCUAAUAGAAAAGACAAAAAGGAUGAAAGAAGAAAGAAAGCAACAGAGGGCAGUGGAAGCGUGAGAGCAGGAGGCGGUGGCAAUGCCAGAGAGAUCAAGAUUAAGAAAACCAAGAAGAAAGGAAGAAAGGAUGCUGACAGCGAUGAAGAGUCACAGGGGACUGUCACAGGUAGGAAUAAGCAGCCAGAGUUCCCUUUCAUGUCUCAAGAGGAAAUUGAGGAUGUCUUAAAGACCCGCCUGCAGGAUUGCCCUGAAGAGCUUAUUACAGAAAUUGCUGAACAUCUAAGAAGACCUUUAACAAAAACUUAUCAGGAAGUUGUGCGUUCUGUUUUUACGUCUUCAACAUCUUCCUCUGGAGCUAACAGAAAACAGACUAUGAAGGACUUGCAGGAGGAAUUCUCAAACUUGUACAACAACAUUCGGUUAUUUGAAAAAGGAACAAAGCAUUUCACAGAUGAGACUCAGACUAACCUUGCCAAACACUUGUUGAAGACUGUGUGUACAGACAUUACAAAUCUUAUUUUCAACUUCUUAGCAUCUGAUUCAAUGAUGACAACAGAAAACUACUCUACAAUCACAAGUGAGGGCAGGACCAAGAUUUUAGGUAAACUGCCAGAAGACACCAAGGGUCCUUUAACUAAACUGCAUACUUCUCUGAAUGGCAAGAGUGUAGAAGAUUUUCUUUCAUACCUUGAUUCUGCAGUGGAUAUUUGUGGUAUUAUGGUGAAAAAAGGAGACAAAAAGAAGGAAAGGCAAGUCCUGUUUCAACAUAGGCAAGCUUUGAUUGAACAGCUGAAAGUCACAGAAGAUCCAGCUCUUGUUCUGCACCUGACAUCAGUACUGUUAUUUCAGUUUUCAACUCACUGUAUGCUUCAUGCACCAGGAAGAUCAGUACCACAGAUCAUUAAUUUCCUAAGUGGCAAGAUCCCAGAGGAUCAACAUUCUCUGUUAGUCAAAUACCAGGGAUUAGUGGUGAAACAAUUGAUCAGUCAGACUAAGAAAACUGAACAUGGAGAGAGUGACACAACAGAUAACAGGGAAGAGGAGGAAGGAGCAGAUACCAUUCGAAAAGAGCUCCAGGAAAUCACUACCUCUAUCAAGGAUGUUGUUCUGAGACCUAGAAAAUUUUCUGUAACAGAGGAAUAAAAUUAUUAUUCAGUGCAUCUACUUCCAUGAUAUAGUCAGAUUUUAUUUUCUUUAUUCUGUAGAAAAGAACAACAAAAAAUGCUUCACAGACUUUAAAAUUUGGCUUCUAACAAUUGCAAAUCACAGCCAGGGAACACAGUUGCUGGGUGAUGGUGGCAAACAGUUUUAUUAUACACUACUACAGUGUACAUUUAACACACAUUGAAUGUAGAUGUGGCAGAGCACAGUUGUGGACACACUGGAUAUUAAAUUAGUGGGUUCUAAUUGGUAUCUUCACAUGAGGCCUCAAGAGAUGUUUAUUCUUCAAAUAACAGUGUAUUUUGUUCCAUACACACACACAGGCUAAUAGUUUCACUUCUCUGAUUUGGAUUUAUAGUGAGAUAAGGCCUGUCUAUCUUAAUUUCAAACACUAGUUUUUAAACAUAUACUGAUACCUAAUACUAUACCAAUGAAGGCCACCUUUACUCUCAUACAUUAGUGGGUGUUUUCGGCUUCUGUUCACUGGACUGCAACAGUAAAAACACUUGUGUGCAAGUGUUUAUUGCUAAACUUAAAAGAAAGUGACCCAGUACUAAUGUGAGUUUCUGAAUGUACUGAAAACUUAGGAAAAUCAGCACACUUAUGCUAUUAAUGUAUUCUACUAAUGUCCAAAAUAGAUGUUCAUUUAAAACUUGUGAUUCAGACAGAGGAGGUGAUUUUGCAUUGGUAUUUUGGGAGCAGAUAAAUACUGUUACACCUGCCAUACUGUACAUGCUAGAUGUUCAUUUGGAAGGCUUGUUGAGUGCUUAUCCAGUUCCCAUAGCAGUUAGAAGCAUUUGUUUGCAUUUUCCAGCUCCUGAGAGAACUUGUUCUGUUUAUCCCAAAUUUCUUGAAAAGAAUUUAGUUUAUGAUCUUUCUACGUAAACUUCACAGACUGAAAUAUUGGCUACAGUGUUUCCCUCAAGUUUUUUACCAGCCUUAAUUUUACAUUAGCAGUACUUUAUAUCUUCAGGAAGUGCAAAAAUGUGUAAAAUAGAGUUCUGCCACUAUUAAUGACAUAAUUCUUCUAUGGCAAAUAUACUUCUACCUUAUUUGUAAGAGAAGAUAAUUUUCAAAUGGGAAAUACUUAAGUUGUAUGACUUCAGCAAUGCCCGUUGAUUUCAUGUGUGUAAUUACAGGGAGUUGCAUAAAAUCAAGCUUGAGUAAUAAGAAAGAGUUCUUUUCACUAAAAAUGUCAUUCACCCAUUCUUGCCAAAGUUGAUGCUGAGAGCAAAUUCUGUGCAAGCCCUACUCUGUUCAAGUAUUUCUGUUUUCCAACAAUUCAUGUGUUCUGUGAGCUUAAUCAUUAAUGUACCCAAGCCUGAAAUUGCAACAAAUGGCAAUUGAAGAGGCCAAGUGCGAAAGCUCAGUAACAGAGUAACCAAGGUUAAGGUUAUUUGGUAAGGUAAACAAUAGAAUUUUAUACAUAUUUAAAAGGUGUUAAUGUUUAACAGUGUUCAUGUCAAUGUUGAUCUUUAACCAACUGCAAGGCAAAACAGGUUGUAAGGCAGAAGUAAAGGUAGUUUUUCCUCUUUCUUUGGCUGGGGGUUAUCUUAGCUGGCAGUAAAAGACAAGGAGGAGUAUAAGAUGAAAAAUAUUCAGGUUGUUUAACUUUGUUUAAGAAAUAGUUUGCAUACAGGGAAUAGGUUUGACUUCUUGGUCUUUAGCCAGAAUAAUUAUUAAGUUCCUAUAAUGAAUGUAAACAAUUUUAUAUUUCAUUGAACUAUUUUUUAAAUAAUAUGCCAUAUGAAAUUCUGUAUCCAAAUAUGAAAUUAUUUUAAUAACAUUAAAUGAUGAAGUAUUUAAAGAGCA